AUGGAGCAUCUUAGACAAGAUGAAAUUGAGGAUUUGUCAUUGUCCCCUCCAGCUGUUGGCUCCAUGCAGAUUGCUGGAAGCAAUGGCUUUGGCCAUAACAUAGAGUUCAUGUCUCAAGCUUACCUCAGAAACAGAAGCUCUGAAAUUGAUAUAGAGGUAGAGGAUGAUACAUCAAUUGCUGAUAAAGAUCAACCCCUCCCCAUAUUUCGAAAGGUAAUUUUUUCUCUAACCAAUCUUUCAUUUCUCAGAAAUGUUUCAAAGAAUCAAAUUGUUGAUAUAUGUUUCAGAGUUUUGGCUUCUGCCAUUUAA